AUGUCAGUAUCCUGGGAAGUCACCUCCUUUGCCGUGCAGACUACCACAGUCGAUCAGGUAGCCGACCGGCUCUUUGCCAAUGGCAAUAUGCAGGUUCCUGUGGUGGUUACCAUCAAUGCCAUAAAUCCGACAACAGGGGCCACCCAUCGGCUGACCGAUGCCGAGCUCCAGAAGAUUCAGUUGAUUGACUAUCAUUCUGGGGCUGUACUCAUGGGUACCUGGUUUUAUUCUUUGACUCCAAAUGACUUCGCGCACACGCUGGCCGGCACAAAUGACCCCGUCGAACCCACUUCGGAUCCACCUCAAUCCAUCAGGUUAUAUGUUUCAUCUACCAGAAUCGAAAACAGAGUCAUUGGCGCACGUAUCACUCAACCCAAUAACACCGUGGUGACCACCAAUAGCACCAUCUUCAACUCCUUCGUCACUCUGACGGCCAUCCAGCCAGUAAUUUAUACCACCCACAACAUCACCUUGGGAGAAAAGAAGAAAGCUGCCACGGGAAACUGGGUUUCCAGCUUCACGAUGAACAAUAUUUCCACACAUUCCGACAAAGACUGGCAGCAGGAGAACUAUUUUGUCACAUCGAACGUACAUCCAAUCUUGAAAGCCGAUCUACACGACUAUAGAACCAGCUCAACCUUGACCAACUCCUUUUCCUUCCAGUUUAACAGGCACGGCCUCAACAUCUUCUACUUUUGGAACCCAGGCUUGGAGACUUCGAGACAGGUGGGAUUACGGCAUGUCAUCCAAGUUAUCGAACCCGGGCGGAUGCCUCCCCUCACGGUCUAUACGAGCACGCGAAACGCAGUAGCCACUGUGCAAGUCAAUCAGCAACGGAAUGCAUUUUGCCUCACUCACAUGGUCUUCUUCGAUAAUAGCAACUGGCAGUUGGCGCCCUGGUCCCAAGACGCAUGGGUCCGGCUAUAUGAUAUAUUUGGAAAUUACGGCGAUUUCUACGUCAGGGUCAGGGAAAACACGGUCGGCACGGAUGAGGACGAGACCAUAGAAUAUAGCCUCUAUCUUCGAAACAAGAACACAGCGAACUUGACUGAGCCUGUCUUGUUUGAUCCCGCGGCCAAGCUGUGA